AUGACGAUCUCUACGAUGUUCCCAAUCAUUCCACACCACCUUAGCGGUCGGCCAUCCUGCCCGGUGCCCGCGGGGGUACCGUCUUCUCGCUGCCGACAACCGGAGACUCGGAGGAAGCUGCACGUGACUGUCUCCGCCGCUGUGGAUAUCCCCGCACUAGCCUGCACCCCGGCCAUCCCCCUGGACUCCAUCGUCCAAGAUCGAGUUUGCCAGAGUAAGUACAAACUCGAGCUCGAUACGUCCGGACUUGUGAAUGUGAGGGAAGGCAAUGCAGGUUGGGUAAAGCACACCAGGGUAUCCCCUGACUGCCACAGCUUCAACACCAUCGUUCACAGAGUGAGAGGGCAGUCAGCCGUCACCUUGCAGACGGUCAGAGAAAUCAAGAGAGGGGAGGAGUUCUGUCUCUGGUUCGACGAGGACGUGCUGGCUUCUGCCGACAUACCAUUUCUCUCUCCCAGCAAUAUCCAAGGAGAGAAAAACUACAUAUGCCAUCGUUGCAGAAAACACUUUGAAUAUCCGAACCCACUGAAGGUACAUCUUUCCCUUGACUGCGGCACGCUGAGAAGAGUAGAGCUCUGGAAAAGGCUGAGUAAAGCAGGAGAGUCCGAGCCUGCUUGUACCAACGAGGAUUCAUCAUUACAAAGCGUCUAUGACUUGAAACUUUCCAAACCCUUAAUCACUUUCAAGGACCGCCCAUCAUCUUUAAAUGCCCCAUCCUCCCCAGAUAACUGUGUGGUAUCAGCAUCUUCAAACUCCACAACAUUUGGAACCCCCCGGUCAGAUGAAGAGUUAGAAAGACCCCCCUCGGAACCUACAAUCGGGAGAUACUCAGCAUUCAAGCCGUACUUAAACAUCCAAACAGCAAAAAGCGAAGAUUUAGAUUACAAACCUUCAAACCCUCUCUUAACAGUUCCUAGCAAUCUGAUAUUUUCAAGUCCCACCCAGGGUAGUCUGAUAGAUCAGCAUGCUGUGGAGAUGGAGACCCUGGUCAGCAACUUGGGGAGAUCCAAACAAGGCCACCUCUGUAUAUAUUGUGGAAAAGUCUACUCUAGGAAAUAUGGUCUUAAAAUUCACAUCAGGACGCAUACCGGAUUCAAGCCCCUGAAGUGCAAAUUCUGCCUGAGACCAUUCGGGGACCCUAGCAACCUCAACAAGCACGUAAGGCUCCAUGCGGAAGGAGAGACUCCAUACAAGUGUGAGGAGUGCGGCAAAGUCUUGGUUCGCAGAAGAGACCUCGAAAGACACAUCAAAUCUAGACACCAACAAGAAGAGUGCAUAUAGCAAAUUUUGUAUUACUUUAGUGAUGUAAAUAAAUAUAUAAAUAACAAUACGGUUCAUUAUCGUUAAAAA